UCCUGCAUCAUGAUACGAUUUGUUGUGUUUUUACUCGCGAUCAAUAAAUGUUUACAAGUUAACAUAUCGCAUUGCGAUAAAAGCGACGGAACAAGUAUUUGCUGCCCGGGUUUUCAAUAUGACAGCAUAUUAGGGACCUGCGUUCAUUGUCCUAAAGGAUACUUUGGCAUAUCUUGCGAACAUCCUUGUCCAUAUCCACAGUUUGGCGACUUUUGUCAGAAUCAAUGUACAUGCGAGAUUAAUGACUGUAACAACGUUGAAGGAUGUGCUAAACACAUAAGUACGCAUAAAGGAACAAGAUUCCGUAACAUGAAACUACAUACUGACAGUACCACGUCCAUCUUUCUCUCUGGUACUAUAGGCUAUGCCAUUUCUCAAAAACUGACAUCAUCGACUAGUCAAAAGAUCAUUCAAAAAUAUAAUGAUACAAAACUAUCAAGCAGUAGCAUUCAUGUAAACAAUACAACACCGAUUCGACUUUCCGUCAUUGUUCUUGUCUGCUUGAGUGCAAUCAUUAUAAUGCUAUAUUUAGCAUUAUAUGCAAGAGAUCAUACCAACGAUAUCAAGAAACUCGUGUUUUGUAAUUGGAAAACAAACUGUAGAACUUAUAGUUCCAGAAAUGUUAAUUGUAAUGUUUAAAAAGAAUCGCUGUUUUUAUAAAAUAGUAAUGGACUGGAAUCUUACAUAAACAACAAUAAAAUAUAAAGGCAACUGAUCAUUUAACUAUGAUUAACUAACUUAUCAUUACACUGUUUAAUGUUGUAUAUUCAACAUUUUUGUACAUUUAAGUCAUGCCUUAUUUUGAACAUCCAUGUAUACCAUAUUAUCUUAUCUGUACGAUAUCAGUCAUAUAUUUAGAUUAUUUAUUAAUGUACACUGUAUUUUGCAUGUUUUAACUAAUAGAAAAGACUUUGAUAUGUUUCUGGAAACCUUCCAACAAGCGAUACUUUCAUUUAAUUAAAAAUCUUAAUUAAUAAAGGUUCUCAGUCAUUUGUUGUACUUAUAAUAAUCAACAUUCCCUUAGGAACUAGUAAUUUGUAAUCGGAGAGAAACAACAUAAAUUAGAGAUGCAAAAACAUUGUUUUUCAUGUUUAAA